AUGGGGUCCGAUAUGUGGUCCAUUAAACAUGAAAACAUCACACGAAUCUUCUUGUUGAUGUGGGUGGCCAUGUUUCUCUAUGGUGUGGCCAGGACAGUUUCCAGAGUGUCCAUUAUGCUGUUUUAUUUUCGCAUCUUUGAGAACACCCCUGGCCGCCGUCUCAGGAUUGCAGUUCUGGUUCUGGAUGUUCUCAGCUGCUCUGCUCUGAUCCUGCUGGUCCUCUUUCCGUGCCGCCCCAUCAGUCACUUUUGGGACCGCUGGGAUGGCGAGCACGAAGGGACCUGUCUUGACUUUUACGGCGAGGCAGUUGGCAUCGGUAUUAAGGACAUCAUAGUCGAUGUCAUCAUCAUUACACUUCCUCUGCCUUGGAUUUCCAAGUUGAACUUGAAUCGCAAGAAGAAGAUCAUGAGUUGCAUCUUGUUUUCUGUAGGACUUUUGCCGGCCGAAUUGCUGUCGUGGACAAAUUUGUUCACUCAACGAAUCCCACUGGUAAGUCGCUGCAUGAUGACCCCUGAAAUUGUUUGCAAUCUAACAUGUCAUUCCAAAGUUGAUAUGAUGGAUCUUGCAAUCCUCUCUGUCGUUGAACUCUCACUCGGUAUCAUCUGUGCUUGUCUCCCGAGUGUAAAGCCACUGCUCAACUCUCAAUACGUUCCGUUCCUAAAGUCCACCAGGGCUACCAAGGACUCCGCAACGCCAAAAUACUACCCGGAGUUCAGGAGUGGAAAUUCAGGGCAAUCUGGUGGCACUAGCCAAAAGAAGAUACGCGUCACGUACUCAACGGCUGCGACUGAUAGCAACAACGCAGAUAGAGACGAGAGUCCCUUGGUGAUGCAUCCGCAUGGUCCGUAUGUCCAACUUGAGAAUAUGGAAUCCAGAGUGGGAACACCAAGGACAAUGAAUGAUGGGAGACACCAUCAAGACCUGGGCGUGAUGCCGCCGAGGGGAGCUUAUAUGGCGUGA